CCCCAGGGUGUGGCGCGUUCCUGUCGGGGGUAUAAAUUGGCCACCAGGUUUUAACCGGCACCACAUUGGCUGAACUCUCCUCUCCACCCUCCAGAAUCUGACAACAUGGAUUGUAAGAAUACCAACGUGGAGGAUUGUAUGUCUCUGAUGAUCCUGAAAUUCGCGCAAUACGCCAAGAAAAGGGACGCCGACGGAGACACCCUGAACACCGAUGAGCUGUACGACCUCGCCGUCGCCGAGUUCCCCACACUCUGUGGAAGCGGGAAGAAGGACGAGGUCCUGAAGGGAAUCAUCGGGAAGAUGGACGUGAACAACGAUAAGAAGGUGACCUUCGAGGAGUUCAUGUGUUUCUCGGCUUCGGUGGCCAUUGCCAUAAGGGAGAUCUUAAAUAAAAAAUAGUGUCCUGAGCGCAGGGGGAGGGGCAAUAUUUACUGAAUUCAGCGAUUGUGCGAUCUUUCAAUAAAUGUAAAAAAUUUUUUGGGAUACGA